AGUCUUGUGCGGGGAAUGAAUCGGGGUGGGCGGAGAUAUUCUCAUGAAGUUGUUGGGAAGAAUCGAGGUGCCGGGGCUGCAGAGGGAGGGAUCUUCUCUAUUGGAAUGCGUGAGAUUUGGGAGCUCUUGCCCCUGAAUUCAUGCCCUGACCACGAAAGCAGGCUCUGAUCUCCGAGCAGCUUCCUUUCCAGCCCAGCUGCACAACCCACAGCUACAAGUCCAGGCGGUUCUGUGCAGAUGUUCACGUAAAGGCGAAAGUGGGGACUUCCUUACAAGGAGUGCGGCUGCGGUUCAAAGCGUCGGCGCCCUCCGCAAAGCUUGCAAACACCCUUGCUGUGGCCCGGGUCUCCGAGCCCAGCGGGGCGUCACUCAGGGACGGUGAGGCGGGGGUGUGUGGGGAGCUGUGCUGGACUGCAGGCAAUUGAGAGUUACCAUGUGUUAGACGGGGAGAGAAUGUCCUCGAUGUUUGGGAAAGUCCGAGUGGUCACUUUGCCCGCCGCCCCGGACCGGGACCGGGACAGGGCUGUCCAGCCUCUCACUCCGGACUGUAGCAUCGUGAUCCUGGGCUGCGCUGGAUCCGGCAAAUCUGCUCUGACCGUGAAGUUUCUCACUAAACGAUUCAUAAGCGAGUAUGAUCCUUACUUGGAGGAUACCUACAGUACGGAAGAAAUUGUGGACCACCAGUCAGUUCUCUUGAAAAUAAUGGAUACAGCCGAUCAGAACAAACCAAUGAACUCUGAACGUUACCUGAACUGGGCAAAUGCAUUCAUAGUUGUCUACAGCAUUGACAAUAGGAAGAGCUUUGAAGGGUGCCUGGAUUAUCUGGAUAUAAUUUCUAGCCAUGCUAAAGGACUACCACACGACUAUCCGAUCAUCCUGCUGGGGAAUAAACUGGACAUGGAGAGGUACAGACAAGUAAGCAAAUCUGAUGGACUCUCACUGGCAUCCAAAUAUAACUGCUCGUUUUAUGAAGUCUCUGCCUGUUUGGACUUUGAACCUGUACAGCAUGUGUUCCAUGAGUUAGUACGUGAGGUGAGACGAGAGAUGGAGCGCCACCUUCCCGUCAGGCCCCUCUUUAUUUCUGAAGAAAAGCCCGUGUUGGGCAUUCCCCACCCACCUGCUUUUGCCCAUGCUGUUAAACACCACCCACCUGCAUUUGGAACACAGCGACUCUCCACUGCCACCUACAAGGAAAUUCCCACCAUCACUUCAGCUAAACUUGUCACCGUGAAGUCAGCAAGAGCUCAAAGCAAGCGGAGGACUCCUACACUAACUUUGCUUAAAGGAUUCAAGAUAUUUUAAAAAUGUUAACCACCACAUUGAAUAGCAAAGCUCAAUGUAACCAGCUCUUAUCAACUAGGCAGGUCAUACAUCUUGUUCUAUGGUUAGCGUAUGUGGAACUAAAACUGUCACAAACCUUUAUGAUAUCAACCAAAGUAACUGUGCACCAUUCUUCUGGCAUUGAUGUCAUCUUUGCUUAAGGACUUAUGGAUGUAGGAAUGAGUAAAUGGCCUACAAUGGUCACGUGUGUCUGUUUUUGUUAGUUGCCAGUUCUUUUAGGAAAAAAAUAAUUAGAGUGAAGAAUUUUUUGUUGCAGCAUUUGCUGCAGGAAUUCACUCCAUGAAGGAAAGAAUGUGGCAUCUACGCAGUAAUCUGAAGCAAAUAACCCUGUGCAGACGAGAUGAUAAGGGGAAGUCAAGGAUACUUUAUCAGAGGUAAACGUGAUGCUGUGGUAAUAAGGGCAGUGGAACAAGCUUUUCAAGGAUUGGCAUUGAAAAUUAUAUUUAUUUUUCAAAAUUAAUCAUUCAAGAAAUAAUCAUAUUUUGCUACUUUAAUAAUGAAGAAGAUACACAGAAGAUCAAUAAAUUCACAAAUGUAACCAGUAUCUGUUGCCUAUCAGGCUACGAGCUGUACUUUUUAUUUGUUGCUGAAGAUAGAAUGAAGUCAGUGUUGUUAACAUCCCUCAGAGGUCAUGUGAGAAGUCUUUUUGAACCAGUGCAGACCUUGUGGUGUAUGUUGGCCCACUAUGCUGACAGGAAGAAAGUUCCAGCACUUCAAUCCUGUAAAGGUGAAGGACCCAUGAAAUAUUUCCAAGUCAGGAUGUUAUAUAACUUGACUGGGAACUUGGAGUUAACAAUUUGAAAAAGUACAUAUGGAUUUCCCAGUAGACGUGUGUUUACAGACUAACACUGCUCAUAAUUUGAUAAUUGUUAAGUAACAAACUCACUUCAAGGUCAUAAGGUCAUUCAGAGAAAAUAAUUGUUCAUAUUACUGCACUGGGUUGUAAGUUUGGAUCAGACAACUUCACAACUUUUAUUUGGCCUGCAUGUAACAGGUGUUGAUUUUGAAGAUAGAAUUAAGAAAAUUAUUUCUGGUAUCCUUUGUCAAACAACCACAACAAUUGACCAAUCAAAAUAUUUCAGCUUGUAAUCCCCACUAAAUAGUUUCCACUGUUGUUACAGUAUUCAACACAUGGCACCAGAUGUCUGUUAACUAUCUUUCAUCCAUGAAGUGUUUGUGCUGUAUUGCUCUAUGACUGUAAAAGUAAAACAGCACAAUCAUUUCUUCAAUCAUAUAUUUUAUUUACAGUAUAUUUGAAUAUUCAAGCUGCUUAUUAGCAGAACAACUAUAUUUCAAAAGUUAUCUUCAAUUGUUCUCUGAAUAAUAUGAAAGAGAAACAAAAUUUUACAUGAUGACAUUGGAUUAAUAAACAUCCAGAGUAUUAUUUUGUGGGCUU